AUGGCAGCGAAAUCGGUCGAUGCGAAAACUGCUCUUCGUCAAUUGAUGAAACAAGAGAAACAAAAGCGAAUUGAUUCGCCACUCGCAAAAUACACAAAUACCGGUCAGUUAUGUUGUGCAUUGUGUAAUCAACAAUUGACCAGUGAAACGUUUUGGAAGGCGCAUAUCAAUGGUCGAGAACAUAAACAAAAACUUCUUGAAUUGAAGUCGAAUAUCAAACAAUCGAACACCGACGCUAUCUUUGCGAAGCCAUCACCACCAUCUCCAGUAAGCAGUGAAGCACAACGAGGUGUUAAACGUUCACAUGAUCCAAUGCAAAUGAUCGCGUCAUUACUGGUAAACCAUCAGUUUCUGUACCUUCAACAACAUUUCUUCGACUCGGGUUCAUCGAAAGCACAGUUAGAUACUCCAAAAUAUUCAACACCAGUGACGAUCACAGCUGCAGCAACAAUUAAUUCUGUCCCACCAGUCCAACAAACGUCUACUAUACCAGAGGGAUUUUUCGAUGAUCCACAAGUCGACGCGCGCAUGAGAAAAGUCGAAUAUGUAGACAAAAUGGAAGUCGAAUGGGAUGCAUUUACUCGUCAAAUGAAACAAGAAACAAAUAUAUCCGAAAAACUAGAAGCAGAAGACGAUAUCGAACGUGAUGUUGAACGAGAAAUCAAAGAAACAGAUGAACUAAUAACACGAUGGAAAAAGAUCGAAGAAAUGCACGAUUUGAAAGACAAUCGAUUUAAAACAGUAGUCAAAGGUGCAAAGCCCAAAAAGAAGCCAGCUGAUGACGACGACGACGACGAUGAUGAUGAAGUUAACGAGGAGUUAGAAAAAGAACUACAGAACAUGUACAAUUGGCGACAAAAACGUUCUUAA